AGAUAGGAUAUUAUAUAUACAUAACUGUUAAUAUUUAAGAUGGCACAAAGCAUUUCUAAAGCCUGAAAUUCAGCUGAAAUGGUAUAACUUAAACUUGGACCUACUUAAGAAAAACUUCUAGCUGAAAACUCAACUAAUUUUCAAUUUGUUUAAACACAAAUCAGAACAGUAAACGAGCAUCAUUUAAAUUAUAUUAGAAUAAAAAUGAGAAAAGAAUGGUUGUAAAUGUGGAAUACUUUUAAGGACUUAUUGUUAUUAAGAAGGCUGAAAUAAAACUAAAAGGAUUGCAAUGUCCAUCAUUAAAAUUGCAUCCAUUCACACAAUACACCUAACUCAAAAAAGUUGGAUUUGCAUAAAUUUAUCGAUUGCUUUCUUAUGUUUUAUAUUAAACAAAAGACAUUUUUAAGUCAGACAAUAAAAAGACUUUUUAUAUCCUUCCAUAUCAAAUCAAAUAAUAAGUUUGUGAAAACCCUUUAAAUGAUUUUUGUUAGCUGCACUUAACUAAAAAUACAUGAUAGGAAGUUGGCAAGUAUUGGAGUGAGCAAGCUCUAAUUGUAAUAUAAAGGAAUUUUAUAAAGACGUAUGAAAACAUACUCAAAAGGUGAUAUAUUAAUCUCUAUUAUUAUUGAAUAGUGUAUUUAGAAAAAUCGAGUAGUGGAACUAAAAAAACUCUUUGAUUAAAAGGAGAGGACAAUUCUCAUUCGGUUUGCUUAAGGAAUAAAUAUUUAAUUAUUCAUCAAAUUUUUUCGAAGAUUUUCUUUUUUUACAAUCAUAAUUUCUUCCAUCUGUUUUCAAACAUUAAUAACUACUUAAGAAGUAAUAAAAAAUUUUCUCUUUGUACCAACAAUAGCUAAGUGCUUGAUAAUUGAAUUAAAAGCCAACAUUUAGUACAUUCAAAGCAAAAUCAUAAUGCUAAUUAUUGUUAAAAAUAAUCACUAAUUAAGAAAGGUAUAAUUUUCUGAUAUGUUAUAACAAUUAUCUUCCAUAUAUUCUAAAAAAAUUAAAUCAGUCAUUAUGAGUCUAAAAAACUCCAAAAAAUCCAUCAUAAUUAUAAUCCCAAAUUUCAAAGCAUUUGUAAAUAAAUUAAGAAUUUGCUACAACUUAGGUAUGAGAGCAAAAGAUAAUCAACAAUUAAUCAUACAAUUUGAAUUUAAAAUUUCUUUCUAAUUGCCCUUCAAUUUAAUGUGAAUAUAAAAAUACUUUGUAAAUAUUUAAUAUUAGUAGGAUCUAUUAAAUAAAAUUUAAAUACAAAAUUUAUUAGGUUCAUUAUAAUUGUACUCCAGAUUUUAGGUUGUGCUUAAACACAUUAAAAUUUUUGCUAAGCAUCGACACAAGAGCUAAUAAUAAACCACCCAAUUCCGUUAAUAAAAUUAGACAUAUCGAAAUGUAAUUGUAAGAUCAUAUAUGGUCAAGUAUCCAUUUUAAAGAUUUAGAGUUUUCAAAGCCUACUUUAGGGGUCAGUAGAUGGAUUUGAUAAAUUAAUUAAAGGCUUUCUUUUUUUGCAACUGAAGUUAAUUAAGAAAAAUUCUGUAGGUAACAAAGUAUUUUAAUAGAAAUAGAGUUAUAUUUCUCUUGUAUAAGAAAAAAUCAGAGGAUUGUAUAUAGACUGAGUUAAUAAAAUGUAGAAAAUUAUAAAGCUAGAAACCGAGAGGCUAUUGCACAAAAUUCUUUAUGAUUUCAUAAAAGGAAACCUAUAACUAACCGAAUGAGGGUUUUGUUUUUCUCCUAUUUAUCAGUGUCAUUUUCAAGCAUCC